ACUGACAGAAUCCUCCAGGCAGCUGCUGGUACUUCUGCAGUCUCCUCCCUGAGAAUAGUUCAGAGAAUAAGGAAGAUCUGAGAAUGCUUAUAGACUGAGGGGAAGGAGCCAGAGCGAAAGAUACUGAAGCAAGAGAAAAAGAGAAAGGAUGAUUGAUGGAGCACAGACCUGGAACAGACAGGAGAAAAUGGAAUCCAAGGGAUUUAGGGGCAGAGGACAAUGCUUCACUCCAAGAGAAGAAAUCUGAAUUCUUGCAAGGGGAAGAGGCCCGGAACCCAGAGAUGACUCUGUCCCUUCAGGGGGAUAUCGACCUAGAGGACAUUCUCUACCUUGGAGGCACAGAUGACGCUGAUGAUGUACUCUAUGUAGAAGAGACACUGAACUCGGACAAGGAAGCUGACCCAGAGGAGCCGCUAUAUGUAAGAGAGACGGUCACCCCAGAGGAGACACUGCCUGUGAAGGAGAUAUUCAACCCAGAGACGCUGAACCAAGAGAAGACAAUUACUCCAGAGGAGACACUGCAUGUGACAGAGAGAGCUGACCUAGAGGAGAUACCAAAUCCAGAGGAGACAAAUGCACAGGGGGAGAAAGGCAGCUCUGAGGAGAACCCUGCCUCCACGGAGAGUCUCAGGGUCGAGGACAGCCUGAGUCCAGAGGAGCUGGAGCUGCUGGAAUGCCGUUUCCAGCAAUGCAUUGAAGCGGUAGCACAGCUGGAGGAGGAGCGGGACCGCCUCAUCCACGAACUAGUGCUGCUACGAGAGCCAGUUCUGCAGGAGGUACAGAAGGUCCACCAGGACAUCCUGGUUGCCUACAAGCUACAUGCCCAGGGGGAGCUGGAGUGUGAUGGCCUAAGGGAGGAGAUCCGGGUGGUGAAGCAAAAGCUGUUCAAAGUGACAAAAGAAUGUGUAGCCUACCAGUACCAGCUGGAGUGCCGGCAGCAGGAAGUUGCCCAGUUUGCUGCCUGCCAGGAAGAGCUCACCACUCGUGUUGCCCGACUAUCUGAGGAGCUGGCCCAACUCAAAGACACAUGUGAGAAACAGAAAGGGCAUUUUCAGCAGCAGCUAGAAGCCCCUCGGGGUCAGGGGGAUAGCCAUUUUCUACAGGAGAGCCGGAGGCUCUCUGCUGAGUUUGAGAGCUUCAUGGCAGAAAGCCGCCAGGGCCUAGAAGAAGAGUAUGAACCCCAACUGAUGAGACUCCUCGAGAGGAAGGAUGCUGGGACAAAGGCAUUACAGAAAACACAGGCAGAAAUUCAAGCGAUGAAGGAGGCCUUGAGACCGCUACAAGCAGAGGCCAGACAACUCAGUUUGCAAAACAGGAACCUGGAAGACCAGAUCUUGCUUCUGAGACAGAAACGGGAUGAGGAGGUGAAACAGUACAGGGAACAGAUGGAAGAAAUGGAAGACAGACAGAGGCAACUGAAAAGCCGAGUACAACUGCAGCAGCAGAAGAACAAAGAGAUGGAGGAGCUAAGGAUCAGCCUCACUGAAGAGCUCUCUAUUUAUAAGGCUAUGCUACCCAAGAAGGCAGAGCAGCUCGAGGCCCCCACUUCUCCGGGAAGUGGAAUGGAGACAAAGUCUCAAGGAGCUGUUUAGAAAUCUAUGGCCGACUCUGUAACCCAGAAACAAAAGACAAAAGCUCUUAGUGAAGGGGCACUAAAACCUCAUUGGACAUUUUUUCUUUGCAACAUAAAAGGGAAUAUGAGGGACCUGGUAAAAUGCUCCAUCCUGUGAAAGGCGUAAGCACCCUCCCUGCCAGAAGCAGAAUACCAGACAACCCUCAGCUUGUAGGGCAUAGAGCUUAUUGCACUGAAGAAUGGAGGCACCGGGAGCCCCCUAGCAGACUCAUGUGCACGCUAUGAAAAGGACACACCAACAGUGACCAAUGUAUGCCUUGCAGUGUUCUGAAGCAGAAAUUGUUGCCUUACUUUGAUUCAAAGCUCGAAGCCUUUGUAAGGCAGAGCAAAUGUCAACAAGGCAGCCCAUUUUAAUUAAGUGGAAUUUUAAAGUUUGAUUUACCUGUGCCACAAGUGUCUGACUUUAAAUAGAAGUUUUUCUUAAAGCUAAGCAUUUAUAAGGGUGCUGUGGGCUCUAGUAGCUUUGUUUCCUUAUUCAUAUCAAUAGUUUCCACUACACAGCACACACGUGUCAUCCUGAAAACGAGGGACCAAUCGAAGUUUUCAAACCAAAAUGUUUAAAGCCAUUUGGACUUUCACUGAGUUUUAGCCUCCUGAAGACUAUUGUGGUAUAAGGCGAUAUACUUGGCUACUAAAAGAGGUGGCCAAGUACCUGGAAUACUAUCUGGUAUUAUUAGGUCUUGAAGAGUAAAACUUUCACAGGCCAUUAUUACUAACCUGUAAGUAUAAGUCCCACUGGGGGAAAAAAAACCCCAACAAGACAUUAUAGGAAGGGCUAACUUCUCCUUUUCCAAACUUAAAAUUUUCUCAUGGAAUUCUCUCUACAACAGUCUCUAAUAUUCUUGAAGACCCAUGUAUUUAUUUAGAGAAGGAUGAGCAAUAAACUUCAAAACAACAAGAUGGCAACAUUCUAUGAGAAUAAUGCAGGCCCCGCUGAUA